UGCGGCGGGAGAAAGAGAAUAAUAAAAAUAAUAAUUCACUCUUUUGUUAGAUGAAAUAGAAACAAACGGCAAGUAAAAAUUGGGCUGCCCGCCUUCCCUGCCCGGCAAAGACUCCGCCUAUAAGUAAACCCUAACCUAGCUUCUGCAAUUCAAUUCAAUUCAAUUCAGCUUAGAUUAUUCGUUUGGAUUUGAGGAAUAGCCAUGGCCGCUAACACAUCUGGUGUCUCCAAUCCGAAACUGGAUGUCGAGUAUGAGGAUGAAGGUGAUGAUGAUUGGAGCUCAGCCUCUGAGUGGGAUUACGUACUGCGUGAAAUUUCAUCCGGCAGUCUUAAAAAAGAUGGUCCUGUGAUCCAUCAUCUCUGCAAAUUGGCUCUUAUUCAUUACCAGAAUAGCUAUCAGCCAGGAGAAACUUACGAGUUUGUGAGCCUGCAGAAGGUACUGUGCGGGCUUGUUUCGGGUAUAGAGUAUUCCGUCACAUUUUCGGCCAAAAAUCUGAAGAGCAAUGUGGUUGAAACAUUUGAAGCUCGUGGUUAUGAUUUCAUAGGAGAAGAUGAGUUGAAAAUAGUGAGUUGUGCUCUGAAAGAAUAGGGUAUUUAGCACAACUUUCUUGAAAUAAUAGGGUAUUGUUUAAGAAUUUCACCACUGCUCUCUAUGUGGUUUUAUUUUAGGAUUUUGCUGUAAUUUCCGCUGCUAUAUCAGAUUAUUAUGUCUCGCUGGCUGGCUGUCUGUAUUCGGAACUGAAUCAUGAAUAUUAUGGUCUAUUUUAUUAUUGUUUCUC